AUGGCUAUCGGUGUAGCUAUCAUUGGCAGUGGCAACUUUGCUAAGGAGCAACACUUGCCCGCUGUAAAAGAAGUCCAAAACCUAACCCUCAAAGCCAUCUACUCACGGUCCCUCAAAUCAGCACAAGAUCUCGCCAGCACCACAAACAGUGUCGAUCUUUACUCCGAGGAUUCCGACCCAGGACAUUCCUACACAGAUCUCCUAGCUCGCUCAGAUAUCAGCAUGGUAAUCAUCGCUCUUCCAAUCCUAGUCCAACCAGAAUUCAUCCGCCAAGCUCUCCUCGCAGGCAAGCACGUUCUUUCCGAAAAACCUAUCGCUAAGGACGUCACAACCGCCCGCGAGCUUCUAUCAUGGUACCAGAAGAACAUCGACACGAACCAGGUGUUCUGGGCCGUAGGCGAGAACUACCGAUACCUAACAAAGUUCCUCUUUGCAGCGGAACAAGUCCGGCAACUGGGACCAGUACGCAAUUUCAGAGUCAACGUGCAUAGCCUUAUCAUGCAGGAUAACAAGUACUACUUAACCGCCUGGCGCAGAACACCCCAGCACCAAGGAGGAUUUCUCCUAGACGGCGGUGUUCACAUGGUAGCCGGUCUCCGACUGAUUCUCGGACCAGAAGAGAAGAUCACCACUGUCUCUGCGCAUACACAGCUACAGCAGACAUAUCUGCCUGAUGUUGAUACGGUGGAUGCGGUUGUGAAGACCGGGUCUGGUGCUACGGGCGUCGUGUCUCUGUCGUGGGGCUCUCCGUUUAAUGAUAACGUGUUUGAGUUUGCUUGUGAAAAGGGCAUGGUGAGAUUGCAUUUUGAUGGAGUUACUGUUGAUGGGAAGGAUCAUGUUAUUGAGUUUGAUGGGAAGGGGGCCUGUUGCGAAGAGGCAGUCACCCGAGGAGGCGUUGGCUGA